AGAAGGCACGACAAGAAUCUAGGGUCAUAGGCCCCACUUUGAGCUCUCACUUUCACCUUAUCGCGACGGAAUCUCUUAGAAUCCUGUUCGUUCAAGGUGCCAGCUUGGCAAGGCCUUUCGUCUCCGCGUCCACCCUCUUCCAUCCGCCACCGCAGCACGCUCACACGGUCGCGUCGCACCCAUACCCACACCCGCUAUAGCGCUGUUAACGCAUCAUUGUUGCUAAGAUCGUGGAAGUCAUGUCUCUCUCAUCACCUCAGGCACAUACGUCCACCAAGGGUAGAUUCAUAGGCGGUAGUACGACUGGUGACUAUGGCAGUCCACUUCGGCCACGCUUCGAGAGGGACGAGCAGUCUUUGCCUACUGUGGCAGAGGACGGAUCCAAUGGAAGCGCGUCCACUGAUUUACACUCUGUUUCUGGAGGAUCAUCGUCGCAGCUCAGCUACACCAAUGCCAUGAGCUGCCCUAUGGAUGCUUCUCGAGGACCAGUCAACAACCAGAUGCCUCACGCAAAGCAGCAGCUUCUAACAACUUCUCAGCGAGCUCAUCCUAUGACAGUCAAUGGAAAAAUGCCGCCGUCUCUUGCGUCUCCAUCGUUCACUUUUCCGCAGGGCACUCAGCAGUACGGUGACUACACUCAGAAGAUGGCGCCCACUAAGAUCAACCACCUCAAGGACACUGGUUCACGACGUGGCAUCUCCCACACAAGCCAGAGGUCCGAUAACUGGCGUUCAUCCGGUCGCGCAUCGUUCAACCAGUCCAACCGUCACCCAUCCACCAUGGUCAACCCUGCACCAGCAUUUCCGCCCACGAUGACCGACAUCCCCGAGUAUCUAGCUGUACAAGAGAUGGCUUUCCGUCAGGGUCAAUACGACUCCGGUAACUCUCGCAACAGGAUUCCGGUAAGCCCUUUCGCCAACCACUUCGACCAGGUCUGGGAGCGAUUCUUCCAAAUGGGUGCAGCCUACGGAGGAACGCCUGCUACAUCGCCCGUAGAGCCGUCUCUAACUCACGAGAACUUCGUAUGGUCUAUCCUGAUCAACCCCGCUACACAAGAACUAGAGCAUCUCAAUGGUUCCGUGGACAUGGUAUGGGCCCACAAGAUGUGCAUCAUGUCCUUGAACUGCAUGGAAGAACUCAUCCGCGUCGUGCGCAACCGUCCCAAGGACUGGGAGAAGAUUGUCUGCGACAUUCCUUUCCCGAUUAAGCAGACCAUAGUGGCCUUCCCUGACCUCUGCGAGUACUACGAGGCCCUCCAGCAAGAGGCCAACGAGGCAUUCGGCGGCGGAUUCUGAAGCUUGUCAAAUGCGUCAGCUACAACUUCGUGGAGUGCGAUUAUCAUCCUAUACUCGGAGUUUUGGCCACCUGGUAACAAUAACGACAUAC